AUGAGCCCCCGAAUACCUGCUCCGAGAUCCUUCUCUCGGCUCACGGCUCGACUGCCCCGGUCUGCGCUCCAUGUGCAGCACGCAAGAGGCAUAUCCGGCUCAUACCUCGCCAAGGUGGCUCAAGGCGAGCAGGAGUGGGAGCAGAGGGCGGAGAGGAUCCUCAAGGGCGAGCAGCCUCACGAGUGGGAUCUUCUCGAGGAGAGAGGAUACAUCAAGGAUGUUGCUGGAACCCCCGAAACGAUCAAGGAGAUUAUGCGCAUCAAGAGAAUCGGCGUCUAUGUCGGCGUGGACCCUACCGCCGACUCGUUGCACAUUGGGCACCUGCUCCCCUUCAUGCCUCUCUUCUGGCUGUGGUUCCACGGCUACCCUGCCGUGACGCUCCUGGGCGGCGCUACCGCGCGAAUCGGCGACCCGACCGGCCGAGUGCAGGGCCGCGAGCCUCUGUCCAACGCGGAUAUAUCUAAAAAUGUCGCCAAGAUCCAUUUCCAGCUCACGCGCUUAUGGGCCAACGUGGUCACCCUGCGAGACAAGUACGGAUACGCAAAGGACUGGGCGGCCAAGCGUCAUCUCCUCAACAACAACAUGUGGCUGCAGGGCCUGACCGUCUACGAUUUCACCAAGCGGGUGGCUAGGCAGACCAGGAUCGGGCCCAUGCUGUCGCGCGACACGGUGAAGCGCAGGCUGACCGAGGGUGACGGCAUGUCCCUGGGCGAGUUCAUGUAUCCGCUGUUCCAGGGAUGGGAUUUCUGGCACAUGUACAACAAGCUUGGCAUCCAGAUGCAGAUUGGCGGCUCCGACCAGUACGGCAACAUUGUGGCGGGCAUCGAAGCCCUCAAGGUCAUCCGGGAAAGCGAGGAGGCGCCGCACGACAGGAUGCCCGCCGGAUGGAAGCACGAACCCGUCGGAUUCACGGUACCGCUUCUGCUCGACUCUGCCGGCGUCAAGUUCGGCAAGAGCGCUGGCAACGCCGUAUGGCUGGACGAGUUCAAGACAUCUGCGUACGAUCUGUACGGAUACUUUAUGCGCCGACGGGAUGACGAGGUCGAGAAGCUGCUCAAACUCUUCACCUUCCUGCCAAUGGCCAAGAUCCAGGAGGUCAUGAUGCAGCACAAACUGGAUCCGCACAAGAGGGUCGCCCAGCACACCCUCGCGUUCGAGGUUCUGUCUCUGGUUUACGGCUCCCAGAAAGCCCUCCAGGAAGCUCAGCAGCACAAGUUCCGGUUCGGCGGCGAGUUGCCGCGCGUAGUCUACGAGCCCUCCGAGGAGAGCGGCAUCAUCACGCCGAAUAAUGCGCCGCGGAGCGACAUUCAGCUUCCCAGAUCCGUCAUGGACCUCUCGCCCGCCAAGUUGCUCUUCGCCACCGGUCUAGCCAGCAGCAGCAGUGAAGGCCAGCGACUAGUCAUGCAGCAGGGUGCAUACGUCGCCGCUCAGCCGGGACAAUUCCGAGGUCUCGUCCCGGGCAAUCUAUCUUGGACUCCCAUGAAGCUGUGGUUCCCCAAGGAAACAGCAAAGUACCUCAUUGACGACAAGCUCCUCAUCUUGCGCAAGGGCAAGCACAAUGUUCGCAUCGUGGAGCUGGUGUCUGACAAGGAAUGGGCCGCCAGCGGGAAAAUAUACCCAGGGCAACCCUACACCGGCAUCAUACGACGCACCAUGCAAGCGUUGAAGAAAGACGCCGAGACUACGGGGCAGAAACUUACAGCGUUUCAGCUCAGGAGGCUGGCGGAACAAGAGACUGGCGAGCGGGAGAGGUUGAUGGUGGCCAAUAACCCUGAUAUUGAGCUACCUAGCAAGCAUGAGCUACGACAGAGGACCAAAGAGCGACAAGGGAGGUUGACACCAGAUUGGGUUAAAAGAGGGAAGCAGAAGCCUAAUCGUGAGGAGUAA